CUGCAGAAAGCAGCAGCUCCUCUUCACCCCCCCACACACCUCCGAGCUGCCUCCACUCACCAUGGCUGCAAAGAACAAGAACAAGAGCAGCUCCGGCGAGAAGAGCCCAGCGCCCGUCAGCCAGGAUGAGGCUCCGAAGAAAGCCCAGAAGAGCCCCAGCACCGGGUCCUCCGGCUCCCCGGGACCCCAGGGGCCACGGACCCGGGGCGGCCUGGGACUCGUCCUGAACACAGUGUUCUACGCAGCACUGAUAGGAGCCGCGGGGUUUGCAGCGUUCUACCUGCAGCAGGUCGUGGAGGAGAUCCGAGCGAGCAACACCAGGACCGAGCAGAGCGCACAGAGGAGCGCGGAGCUGGGCAGGAGCAUGGAGAGCGUCGUGCAACAGGUGGAGUCUCUGAGGAGCUCUGUGGACGGUCUGGAUUCAUCGCUGAGCAUCACACGGGUGGAGCUGCAGGGGGCCAUCAGCCGCAUGAAGACGGGCGAGGUGGAGACGAGGAGGGUGAAGGAGGCGCUCCAGAACCUCCAGAACGACCUCCUCAGGGACCUCUCGGAGGGCAUCAGCGAGGUGAAGGAGGCCCGCGAGAGGGACUUCUCCUCGCUGGAGAAGACGGUGGAGGAGCGCCUGGCCGAGGUGAGCCAGUCCAUCAAGGUCAACAUGGCAGAGGUCACUGAGGCCCAGGGCGAGGCGCAGAGCCAGCUGGCCGACCUCAAAGCCCGCCUGGGGGACAUGGAAGACCCUGCACUCAUCAAGGAGGAGCUCUCCGCCAUCGUCGAGGCUGUGGCUGAAAUCAAGAUGUCCAAACAGGCGGAAGCAUCAUCAGCCAACUCACUCAGGGAGCAGAUUGGCGCCGUGAGGGAAGAGCUCCAGACUCGCAACCAGGAGGUGGCCUCGCUGUCUCAGGAGGUGGAAGCGGUGAGGUCGGGGGUGCAGGAGAACGUUGGGAGCCUGAGGCAGUCGCUGUCGGAGGCAGAGGCCGAGGUUCAGGCCCUGAAGGACAAAACGCUGAUGGUGGAGGGCGUGGUGGAGCAGGCCGCCGAGGUGGCCCGUGAGGUCGGGAGAGAGGCGAACGCAGCGGCUGCUCAGGGACAGAAAAGGUCAGAGGAGCUUGAAGCGAGAGUGAGAGCAUCAGAGGAGAGUGGAGACUCACUGUUGGCGUCAGUGUCAGAAAUCACCUCCAAAGUGGAAUCACUGCUCGCUAAGCUGGACACCCACGAGAGCGCUCAGGCUGCGCAGGUGCAGAAGGCCAAAGCUGGGUUGGAGCAGGAGCUGGAGACGCUGAGGAGCAGCCUGGGGGCGCUGCAGUCAAACGUAGUCGCUCUGGAUGGAGCCAUGAAGGACUCCAGUCAGGAUGAGCAGGUGAAGGACUUGGAGAAGAGGCUCGCUGCUCUGGAGGCCAGCAGCAGCACGAAGCCCGAGCAGCUGGAGGGUCUACGCAAGAUGGUGGCUGGGCUGGAGGACAAAGCCGCCAAGCUUGAAGGCCACGAUCAGGCCAUCGCUGCUCUUCAGAAAGCUCUGCAGGAGACCACGAAGAAACUGCAGAAGAAGAAGUAGUUUAUUGAGAGACGUGACAUCAGGAAACUAGAACAGGGACAGUGAUGAAUCCAAGCACAACCCACUCCUCCUAACUCUAUGAAGAAUUGAAACACAAAACUUGAUGGUGCACACUUAGGAGGGGGGGGCAGAGCUGGACUGCUGAAUCUGUGGAUUCAAAUCCACGACCAUUCUGCACUGUACUUUUAUUUUAGAAUGUUUUAUUAGGUUGGUUUUCUUUACUUUACAGUUUUCUGUGCCAAGGCUGCUUUUUCUUUUGACCUCCUUAUGAAAAUGAAAUAAUUAGCUCCUCUUGAGCACUCCUUUGUUUACUCACUACAUUUUGUUGUUGUUGUUGUUGUUGUUUUUACAGGAAUAAAAAGCUUUCGUCCACCAA